AUGGAUGGCCAGCUGAAGGCGCUGCUGUUGCAGAUGGAGGAGGAGGAGGAGGAGGAGAGGAGGGUAAGGGAGGCACAGUGGGUUGAGCAAUCUAGGCAGGUUGAAAUGAUGCUGUUGGAGCUUGAAGAGGAGGAGAGAAGGGUGAAGAAGAAUCGGCCACCAGAGAAGAGGGCCUGGACUCAGCCACCAGAGCAGAAUCCGACGGUGCUGCCUGGAUUCAACAGCCCUCAGCAAUCGCAGCAUGAGCUGCUGGGAGCCCCGCCUUUUCCUCACAUGCACUCAGUGCAGCAGGUUUACGUGCCAGCUCAGCAGCAUCCAGCACAGCAUAUCCACGUGUCAGCUGAGCUGCAGCCCACGGAUGCCUUGCUGGACUCUCUGCUGCAGCAGCUGGAGGCGACACAGGAGUAUGAGGCUGGGAGCAACGCAGAAGUGGCAAAGGACUUGUUGACUCGUUACGGAGGGGCGUACCUUGGGACCUCCAUCGCCCUCUCCCUCGUCUCCUUCUCCCUCUGCUACCUGCUGGUUGACCAAGGCGUGGACGUGGCUGGCCUUCUUGACUCGUUCGGUUUGCACGUGGACAGCACAGGAGAGGCUGUGGGUACCUUCGCUAUUGCCUAUGCGGCUCACAAGGCCCUCUCUCCCGUGCGCUUCCCUCCCACCGUCGCCCUCACUCCUGUGGUGGCUGGCUGGCUGGGGAAGAACAAGGAGAAGGAGGAGGGGAGCAAGGGGGAGUAA